CUCCCUUCUCUCCUCUUCUCUUCUCUAAGCCCACAAUCAAAAAACGAAUAACUGGAAUCUCCUCUCCAGUUUCACUCUCUUCCUUUCAAAACUUCAAAUCUUUCUCUCGAGAUGGUGUUCAAGGACGAGUGGGUUAGCGCGGCCAUGGCCGACGACAGGGUUGUGGUUGAGCUUCUGGUGCGGCUGAAGCAGUCACAGGCCUCUUCGUCGAUGAAAUCUCCGUUGCCCGCUGUUAUUCCUCCCAGAUGGGGUCUCAGGCAACGGCGUUCAAGGAUUCUCUCCCCUUUCCGAUACGAUGCCAUUGCCCACAAGAAUAAGGACUCCACCUCCACCAGAUGUAGUCCCACAACCCCACUCUCUUGGAGCGGCGACACCUCUCCCUCCGCCACCGCCGAUGGCUUCGAAGAGUCCAGCCAUCCCUCCCACCCCUCCAGAUCCAAGGGCUAUGGUACUACUAGUGAAUUCAGUUGCAGCACUGCCAUGGCCAAGAGGUUAAAGAGAAGAAAGGCAUUGGCUGAUCUGAGAGUGGAGGAGUCUUUACUUUUGAAGGAAAGGGUACAUCUGAAAAAGGAGCUGGCAAGCUUACAUGCGACUUUUAAGGAACAGACGACCAACAAUGAGAAGUUGAAGAAAAUGAAGCUCAAUCUGAAUUUCAAUGCAUCAUCAGAUAGUAUUUGUGAUGAAUCGAAGCAAGCAACUUCAAAUCAACCAUGCCAAAGCAUGGAUCCUACACCCGAAAAAAUCCCAACUACAUCACCAAUACAAAUCGUUCUUGGGAACAGUAUGCAAUCAGGAGCAACCAAGCCACAUGAGAUAAAUCCAGUGGAAGAAGGUGGGUUCUUUCUACCAGAUCUUAAUAUGAUUCCUGCUGAGGACUGUCUCUGAGGCUCCCAUAGCAUGAGCUGAAGACAUGUUUCGGCUCAUCAAGGACGUUGCUUUCGAGAUAUAACGACUUAUUCCGAUGUCAAAUGAAGAAUGAUUUGACUGGAGGUUGUUCUUGCAGAAGGAUUUGCCCAUAUGAUCGAUCAGUCAUUUGGCAACCUCGUGGGAUUCAAAUCAAAUAAUUUCGAAACUUAGGGACUUUCUUCUGUUGUUUUGAAAUUAUUUUGGGGCAGAAUCCCUCAAUUAAAAUUCAUUUCAAAAGUUGUAGGAUCAAACAUGUUUUGAUUCUUUGUAGGUAAAAAGAAAAGUUAAUCAAAACUUGUUCUAAGUUGUUGCUGUCUUGUUCUCCAUCAACCCUUAACAAACCUUCAGAUUGGUCUUCUUAACAUAUGAUUUGAUCUGAUUUUGGUGGUGUUCUUCAUUUUUUGUAAGAAUAUACGAUGAAAUCCACUUGAUCGGCUAAGAAUUCAAGAAUUUGUUCCU